AUGUCCACACCAUUAGUGGAACAGGCACCACCGCUGUCGCUGCUGCCACCACCACCACCGCCGCCGGCAAGAGAAGUGACGGAGCAAGCUUACACGACCCAUUCGGGUAACGGUUCGGUUGGAGCCGUUAUUGGGGUGGUGGCAGUUAUAACCGUUUUGGGUGUGGUGGCGGGAAUGAUCGGUAGAAUCUGUUCGGGUCGUCGGAUUAUGGGUAUCGGCGAUUACGACAUUGAAACUUGGGUUGAAACCAAGUGCUCCUCCUGCGUCGACGGCACCAUUGUUCUUCGCUCUCCUCCUGUUCCGCCGCCUCAGGUCGUGGCGCCGCCGGAGAUUAAUGGAGGAGGAGAGCACGUGGCGCCGGAGGUGGAGGAGACUCCAUCCCGGGAGAUUAAAGAAGAGGAUCCUGAUGAUGAUCAUGAAGACGAAGAAGACGAUGACGAUAAUGACGACGAUGAUAAUAAAGAAGAAGAACAACAAGAAGAAAGGCAAAGUUCACAUUCACAACAUGGCCAUGGUACUAGUUAG